AUGGCCUCCUCGAACCCCCCCUCCUCCAACUCGCCGACUUUCCUCGAGCAGACCGCAUCCAUGCUGAGCACUGCUGGCGCCUAUCUGCGCCUUCCGGCCCUCGCCUCCACGGGCGUUGCUGCGGUUCUGACCUCGCUGCUCUACUUCAAACAGAAGGCCCUCAUCUACCCUUCACACAUGCCCCCGAAUGCCCGCACCGAAGUGCCCCGACCAUCCCAAUUCGGCAUUAAGGAUUUCGAAGAGCUGGUAAUCCCUACCAACGAUGGCGAGAAGCUGUCCGCCUUCUACAUUCGCGGCCCCCGUGGCAACCGCAACUCCGACAUCACGUACCGCGGCUACGGUCUGUCGACUGGCGAACCCGACGAAUCGGGUCUCUACACCGACGCCCAGACCGCCAUCGAGUACCUCCGCGCCCGCGCCGAGACGAGCAACCAUAAGCUGGUGGUCUACGGCCAGAGCCUGGGCGGCGCCGUCGCCGUCAAGCUCGUCUCGAAGCACCAGAAGCACGGCGAUAUUGCGGGCCUCGUCCUCGAGAACACGUUCCUCUCGAUGCGGAAGCUCAUCCCCUCCGUCAUCCCACCGGCUCGCUACCUGACCUACCUCUGCCACCAGGUCUGGCCGACCGACUCAGUGAUCCAUAACGUCUCCGUGCCGAUCCUUUUCCUGUCUGGCCUACAGGAUGAGAUUGUUCCGCCAAACCACAUGCGCCAGCUCUACGACCUCGCCACAGCUUCCAUCAAGAUCUGGAAGCCGCUGCCUGGCGGCGACCACAACUCGAGCGUACUUGAGGAAGGGUACUUCGAGGCGAUCUCCGACUUUAUCACCUCCGUCACGGGCGACGAAAAGAAGGCCGACCGACAGCGCUUGUAG